AUGGGAUGUAAAACACACAAACAUCAGACGUACUGUGUAUAUUGCAGGGACUGUGGACAAUUAGCAUGCCAUGUCUGCUUGUCUCAAAACCAUAAGAAACAUGACUUAGAAGAAAUUAAAAAAAUUGUGGAAGAAAAAAAAAUGGAGAUAAAAGAUUAUGAACAAAGAUAUUGGACUAUUAUUUUGCCGGAAGAUGACGAUAAUGACUUUCGAUUGGAUAAAGCAGUUAUUAUACUUCGUAACGAAAAAUACGACGAAACAAAGAAACUAAUAAAGGACCAUGAAAAAUUCAUGAAAAAUGAAGUAGCAAAACACAUAAAUGAACUUCUUGUUGACCUCGAUGACAGGUUAAAAACAAAUAAACUGUGUAUUUUACAAGAGAAAAAGAAACUUAUUGAAAGAAAAUCACAGAUGAAUGAAAAAAAUCGAGAAAUUCGAGAAUGUGAAAAAAAAACCAGACACAAAGGCAAUUCUAAAAAUAGCAGAUUCUGCUAA